AUGGAAUGUGGAAGGGAUAUUAGUGUCAUUCGUCAUGAUGGAAAUCUCCAGAAAAUUCAAGAGACAAGGGGAUAUUAUGAUCCUUUGGAAUACACUAUAUUGUCUCCAUUUGGGACGCAUAGUUGGGACAUCAACACAAUAAAUUAUAAUGGACGAAGAGUGUCAUGUCGAGCAUAUUACAGUUACAUGCUUCAGAUUCGCCCAAAUGAUCAAUCAAUGUUGUUAAAUGCGGGUCGACUAUUGCAACAAUAUGAUGAUUUGCAUGUUGGUGAAACUAAUACAGAAAACAUUGGAAAAAGAACAAUUUUGUCAUCAUCAUUUAUUGGUGGUCGUCGAGACAUGACACAACGUUAUGAAGAUGGCAUGGUUAUUGUUCUUAAUGGCGGUGGACAUUGUAAAAAAAGGUAUCCCAAACAAUUCUUGGAUGAAACACGUCAAGGCACUGAGUCAUAUCCUGAGUAUAAGAGAAGGUUUUAUAAAUCUAUAUCAUUAGGUAGAGAUAGGUCUGUCGAUAAUAGAUGGGUGGUUCCUUAUAACCCUUGGUUACUGUUAAAGUAUGACUGUCACAUUAAUGUAGAGAUUUGCAGUAGCAUGAAAAGUAUCAAGUAUCUAUACAAAUAUGUGUACAAGAGCCCUGAUCGUGUGGCUAUGGAGGUUCAUAAAGGAUCAUACAUGGAUGAAGUUCAAUAA